AUGAAAGGAGGAGCUCUAACGUACGCCGGGGUCUUAGCGACCACGCUCACACUGCUAACCUGCGCCUUUGGCCUGCAAUACGACCCAAAGAUCCUCCAGGUGACCGGCAACCACCUCCUUGGCACGGCGGUGGAGCUCAAGUUCAAGACCUUCAUGGCGGAGUAUGGAAAGGAGUACGCAUCUCGCUCGGAGUACCUGCACCGCCUGGGGAUCUUCGCCGGAAACCUUAUCAGGGCGGCAGAGCACCAGGCGAUGGACCCCACCGCCGUCCACGGCGUCACCCAAUUCUCCGAUCUCUCGGAGGAGGAGUUCGAGGGCACGUAUUUGGGGGUGAAGGGCGGCACCGCCACCGGGAGGCUGGAGAACGCGGCGGCGGCGGCGGCGGAGAUCGAGGUGGGAGAUCUGCCGGAAUCUUUCGAUUGGAGAGAGAAAGGUGCUGUUUCUGAAGUGAAGAUGCAGGGUACUUGUGGGUCUUGUUGGGCAUUUAGCACAACUGGAGCAAUAGAGGGAUCGAAUUUCAUCUCAACAGGAAAGCUUUUGAACCUUAGUGAGCAACAGCUCGUCGAUUGCGAUCAUACGUGUGAUGUGAAGGAGAAGAGAGCUUGUGACGACGGGUGCUCGGGAGGCUUAAUGACGAAUGCGUACAAGUACCUAAUCAAGGCCGGUGGCAUAGAAGAGGAGACUUCGUAUCCUUACACCGGUAAAAAAGGGGAAUGUAAAUUCAAUUCGGAGAAAGUGGCGGUCAAAGUCACGAAUUUCACCAAUAUUCCUAUUGAUGAGGAUCAAAUUGCUGCGUAUUUAGUUCGUCACGGACCCUUAGCAGUGGGCCUAAAUGCCGUGUUCAUGCAAACGUACAUCGGUGGCGUCUCGUGUCCGUUGAUUUGUGGCAAGAAGUGGGUGAAUCACGGUGUCCUUCUGGUGGGCUAUGGCUCCAGGGGUUUCUCCAUAUUGAGACUGGGGAACAAGCCUUACUGGAUCAUCAAGAACUCGUGGGGCCCACGUUGGGGAGAGCAAGGGUACUAUCGUCUGUGCCGGGGGCACGGGAUGUGUGGGAUGAACACCAUGGUAUCUGCUGUCAUGACACGUGUCUCCUAG